CAACAAUCUUCUGUUUUUCUACAGGAAAAAUACACCGGACCUGUUCUUUUUCUCCUAUCACUGUAUAUGUGGCUUUUGGUGUAUUUAUAGCUCGCACUGACAAACAGAUUCCAUCCUGAUAUAACUUAGUUCUGCAAACCGUAUUAAGGAAUUUGGGGGUUAAAUGACCUAAGGACAGCAAAAUGGAUUUGGAAACAAACAAUCUAAUCAACAGAACUGUUGCCAAAGAUGAAAACAGCACAUUUGCAACAACACAGCCUGAUUUUCCAGCAUGGGAGGACUAUAACAGCAGUGUUGAUGACAUACGAUAUUUUCUGAUUGGCUUGUAUACCUUUGUAAGUCUCCUGGGAUUUAUGGGAAAUCUUCUUAUUCUUUUGGCCAUUUUCAAAAAACGCAAGCAGAAGACAAUAAUAAACUAUCUUAUUGGAAACCUAGCUUUCUCUGAUAUUUUAGUAGUACUUUUCUGUUCCCCUUUUACACUUACAUGUGUCUUGCUAGACCAAUGGAUCUUUGGAGAAAUCAUGUGUCAUGUUGUGCCUUUCCUCCAGUGUGUAUCUGUUCUUAUAUCUACCUUAAUGCUCAUGUCUAUUGCUUUGGUUAGAUAUCAUAUGAUAAAACACCCACUCUCUGCAAAUUUAACUGCAAACCAUGGAUACUUUUUAAUUGCCAUUGUCUGGACUCUUGGAUUCACCAUAUGUUCUCCUUUGCCUGUGUUUCAUAAAAUUAUUAAUUUAAGGGAAGCAUUUAAUCUGGAAUCACUUAUGAACAGUUAUUUGUGCAUAGAAUCAUGGCCAUCUGAUUCAUACAGAAUUGCCUUCACUAUAUCAUUAUUGCUUGUGCAAUAUAUAUUACCAUUAUCUUGCUUAACCAUAAGUCACACAAGCGUUUGUAGAAGUAUAGGAUCAAGGCUGCCCAACAAAGACACUAAAGUUGAAGAAAAUGAAAUGAUAAAUCUCACGCUUCAGCAACCAAAAACUAUUCAUUCUGACGUCGAAAUUUCCAGCAGUCGAAGAUGGAGCUAUUCAUGUGUUCGAAAGCACAGAAGAAGGUACAGUAAGAAAACAGCUAGUGUUGUUCCAGCCAUUCUAAGACGACAUCAAGAAAGUAAUACUGGAGAUAUUCCAGAAACAUCUACAACAGAACGGAGCCACACACUUCCAUCUAGUGCAUAUUUGCCAGGAGUACCCAUAUGUUUUGAAAUGAAACCAGACGAGAAUUCUGAACUGAACAACAUGAUUUCUGUAUCGAAAUCCAUAACUCGUAUAAAAAAAAGAUCUAGGAAGGUUUUCUGCAGACUAACUGUAUUGAUCUUGGCUUUUGCUGUCAGCUGGAUGCCACUUCAUCUCUUUCACCUUGUAACUGAUUUUAAUGCCAAUUUAAUUUCCAAUCGACAUUUUAAAUUAGUGUACUGCAUCUGUCAUUUGCUUGGCAUGGUGUCCUGUUGUCUAAAUCCGAUACUUUAUGGAUUUUUAAAUGAUGGAAUCAAAGCUGAUUUGAUGUCAUUCAUACAAUGUUUCCAGAUAUCCUGAGUUCAGAUGUGUCUAGAAUACAUUACAGAUUGUAAAUUCUUAGUUUACAUAAAAGCAAACACACACAAAAAAACUUUUUAACACAUACCCCCCCCCCCCCAAAUAGGGUAUA